GUCGUUGCGUGCAGCUCGUGGAACGUCGCUAACAAUAAAAAAAACUAAAACAAAAAACAAAAAUUUGGUGAUCGACAAAAUAUAUUAAAAUGGCCUUUAAGUAUCUGAUUUUUGCAUCGGCUUUAUGCCUGAGCUUGGCCUAUCCGGUGGACCAUCACUACUACGAGCAGAGUCAUGAUGGCUAUGAGCAUGUGUCGCACCACGAGCCCAUACACGAGUACGGACACGAGCAGCAUCAUCAGCUUGAGCGCAUUUCAUUGGGCGAGGAGCAUGGACAUGAAAUCUCACCUCACUACGAGGUCGAUGAGCAUGCUCACCACGAUGAGCAUGUGGAUUACUAUGCACCUCCCAAGUAUGCUUUCAAAUAUGGCGUCAAUGAUUUUCACACUGGUGACGUAAAGUCACAGCACGAGACACGCGACGGCGAUACCGUUAAGGGACAAUACUCGCUGGUGGAGCCCGAUGGUUCCAUACGCACCGUGGACUACACUGCCGAUAAGCAUAACGGUUUCAAUGCUGUCGUGCACAAGACUGCGCCAGUGCAUCAUCACGAGGAAAUACACGAUCAUCACGAGCAUCAUUACUAAACAAGCAAAACAAUAACUUUCUGUUAAAACCAACAAGCAACUAAUGCCAGACCAUAAUUAUGUUUUAAAACAAUUAAACUGUUCACUAGAAUUAGCCAAAUUCGCAUGCAGCGGCAGCCUCAUCAUUCGUUUUCACAAUGUAAAGUAAUCAGCUUCAUAUCUCGUAAUUAGGGCACAUGUAUUACAUACAUAUACAUACAUAUAUUACUUCAUAAUACUCAUUGUAACAUUUUGUUUAUUGUAUUGUAUUUUAUUUCUGUGAUAGCAAAUACUUUUCUUAACUGUACUCUUCCAACUAACUGUUUUUUUCUUAGUCACCACACACACACACACAGACACAACACAACUGUACUCUCUCAUACGCUAGUUCAUUCACUCAGACGAAUUUAUCAAACUGUAAAUUGUAAAUUGUGUAAUAAAGAAAUAUGUGAAUUA